UCCAUUGAUGGGAAAGAUAUGUAGACCAUAGAGUCAUUGCUGGAUGGUCACUCAACCAGAGCAAACACACCUUCAAUGCACCAUAGCUGACAGUGAUGGUGGGGGCUUGUGAGAAGAAACAGGGAAUUAGAAAAGCUUGUGAAAUCUUCUAUAAUAUGCCUCUAUAUUAGUCCUUCCCUACUUGGGAUGUGAGGCUGAAGGAUCAGUGAUAACUAGCCCUGAAUUUUCUAAUGCAUUUCCUUCUCAUUUCUGUUGACAGGAGUCCCAAGCAUAAGGUCCAUGAUGUCAUCUAACCUCAUCACUGAAAUGCCCCAGAACCAUUCUGAGCAGACUUCUGGGCCCAGUGACUCACAUAAUAGCACAUACGAUACUUUUACUGAGGUUGUGAGGAUCAUUAUUCUGUUCAUAUGCCUUUGUGGGGUACUGGGGAAUGGAAUCGUUCUCUGGCUUCUCACUUUUCACAUUCGAAGGACUCCCUUCUCAGUAUAUGUCCUCAAUUUAGCUGGAAGUGAUCUCACCUACGUCUUCUUGGAAAUAGUUUGGGUAAUCAAUUAUCUGAUAAACCGUCCAAUGUUUAUAAAUAUCAUCUAUUUAUUAACAAAUAUGGGUCUACAUGUAACUUUUACAGUAGGUCUGGGCCUAUUGGCAUCAAUCAGCACUCAGCGUUGUCUGUCCAUUCUCUUUCCAAUAUGGUAUCGAAAUCAUAACCCAAAGAGGGGGCCUAUGGUUGUGUGUGGCUUGCUCUGGAUUCUGUCCCUUAUACUAAAUCUACCAAAGGUUUACUACUGUGUUGUAAAGAUGGAAAAUCUGCCCCCUCCUGGCUGUGACAUAAUGAGUAAAUUAUCAGGAACACUGAUGCUUUCGAUGCUUCUGUUAAUGACCCUGUCCAGUCUGAUUCUCUUCAUCAGAAUCUUGUGGAGUGCCCAGAAAUAUAAACCCAAAAAACUGGUCAGCCUCAUCCUGCUGACUGUCUUUGUGUUCCUUCUCUGUGCUGUCCCUCAUGGCAUCAAUCACUCUGUUUUCAAUUGGAAAGCAAUGUACAACCACACCUUUCAUGAGAUCUCCUACUUACUGUCUUGUGUGAAUAGCAGUGCCAACCCCUUCAUUUACUUCUUCAUUGGGAGCCUCAGACAUCAGAGACUGAAGGAGCCCCUCAGGGUGGUUCUCCAGAGAGCCCUGAGAGAUGACAGUGAACCCUCUGAGGACAGAGUGACUUCCUCCCGGACAGAUACAACAUUGCAUACACCAGCAUAAGACUGGACAAUUUUCUGGAAAGACUCUGAGAACAAUGGCCCUGUUUUUGAGGGUUCUUUUCUUCAACUGAACCCUAGCUUUAGCCUCUUCCUCACCAGAAAAGGAAACAGAACUUUCUUUCUUAUUCAACCAAAGCAUAUUGAUCGCUUAGUAUACGCCAAGUAUGUGCUGAUGCUAGGGAGCCAAAGGAAAAAAAAAAAAGGAAGUAGGUCCUGCCUCCAAGAA